GUCUCCUUGUCGCCCAUGCGUGUGACCGUUUCGUACCGGCGGGGGACACCUCCGCGGACACGGCGGAAGGCUACAGUACAAACACCUGAUCUGCCCUUCUCUUUCGGUGGUGAAAUGCUACUGUAGAAACACUCUUCACCGUGCGCCGUAACAAAGCAGAGCUCCAGUUGACAUCACGGAUCGAUCGUUAUAUCCGAGCUCCGAGAUCAACAUGAUUGAGCCCAACGGCAACAUCAGAGAGUGUUGGAAUUCAUCGCAAAAUAUUGUCGAAACAUCAAGUAUGGAUCCGAAGAUCUCACUCCAACUGAUUUUUCUACACGGGAGACUGAGCACGCUGAAAUGAUUGUUCUUCCUCUUGCGGCUCUGCUCUCUGCAGCCUUCUGCAAUCCUCACGACCUGUCUGCUUUCCUCCUUAUUUAAAGAAGAUGACAUCCUACUUCCCCCGUGCAGAUGCCCCCCUGUCCACACCUCUUGCCCCCUUUGGCAAUGGCUUCCCAGAGCAUGAUAUGAAGGCCAGGCGACACAGAGGAGACGAGAGGAGGAGGAGAAGAAAGGCAUCUUUCAGCCCACCAUUCUGUACUAGUUCCUAGCCGGAUAGGUACGAACAAGCUGUAAAGCUUUGGAUCAUCUCCAAGCUUUUCUCUCAUCGCCUCCACUCAUCUGAAGAGGAGCCCAGUCCUCCAGAGCUUUCCUCUUGGAGCCGUAGCAGUGCCUGCCGGUGUGGCUCUGAGUUCCGAGAUAAAGAUAUAGCUACCAUGCAGCCGGCCAAGACAAGGAAGAAACCGUGUUUUCAAAUCAAGGGUGCAUGUGACCGUGACUGUUCGCAGAUAGCUCCAUGCGCAACUCCUGUCUGGUUCUUGAGCUCGGAGCCAAGGAGGACAGGCAGGUCCACUUGUUACUAACCCGCAUCUGUAAAGCACCCUCCCCCUCCCUCCCCUUUCGAUCCCGCCCGUGCUUGCCUACGCGGAGGAGAUUAUGUUAAGUUAAUGCCGCUGCCCCUUUCCUCCGCUCGGUUGCUCCUCCGCCCCUCCACUUCUUGUCGGCCUCUUGCGCUUUCCGGCCUCGGAUUCUUUGUUCCCCAUUGCCUCUUGCUUCUUCUUCUUCUUCUUCGCAUCUGGUUUGAGCUGGAUGCUCGAUCCGUCUCGUGCUUCCGGAAGCGGCUUCAGCUAGCCUAGAAUCAAUCGCUCCGCAGUUUUUCCUUAGAGCUCUGAAUUGGUUUUACUCGAUUCGAUUUGAGUCCCCCCAAAGAAAAAACUUUUUGUUUGCGUUUGAAAUGAGGAGAGACACCGAAAUCUUCCCCCUGCUGUAGUCAUGCUGCCCCUGAACAGAAUGCAUUUUCUCAAGUUAUAUUCCAGCAGCAACAGCUCCAGGAAUGGCUCCUUGGAGCACCCUACACGGACGUCCUCCCAAGGAAGCAACAAGACGAGCCGGACGGCGAGAACGGCCGAGUCGCCCACCGGGCUGACCCCCAAGGUCGACCGCCGCAUGGCGAUGAGCGCGGAGAGAGAGAAAAGGAGGCCAUCGACGAAGGUGUCGGAGCUGGAGUCCCAGCUGUCGCAGCUGCAAGACGAGCUCAAGAAGGCCAAGGACCAGCUCCACUCCUCCGAGCUCUCCAAGAAGCGGGCCCUGCAGGACGCCGAGGAGGCAAGGGCGCAGGCCGCGGCGGCUUCCGCGCAGGUCCGCGACUCCGAGGCGCAGCUCGCCGAGCUCUCGUCGGCCGAGGAGACCCGGCUCCUCGAGCUGCGCAGGCUGUCCCAGGAGCGCGACCGCUCGUGGCAGUCGGAGCUGGAGGCCAUGCAGAAGCAGCACGCCGCCGACUCGGCCGCGCUGGCCGCGGCCAUGGGCGAGGUGCACCGCCUCCGCGUGCAGCUGGCGGCCGCGGCGCGCGCCGAUCGCAGGCAGGACGUGGUGGAGGCGCUGGCCACCAUCGAUGAGCUCAGGGUCAAGCUCAAGGCGAGCGAGGAGGCCGAGGCGCAGGUGCGCGCCAUGCACGAGGAGUGCAAGCAGCAGUUGGAGGCGAGCCGAGCUACGAUCGACUCGCUGCUCACUGACGGCUCCAAGCUGAUGGACUCGUUCAGCCUCGUGGUCAAGGAGCUCGAAGAAUCGCGUGCCAAGCUCAAGGCUCUCGAGGAGGAGAUGGCGGAGACGUCGGCAAAGGCCGGCGAGCGCUGCAACUGCUCGGGUUCCGAGGCCGCCGAGCUGAGAUCGGAGUUGGAGGCCGCAGAGGCUAGGUUCCAAGAAGAGAAGAUCCUGAGCACCGUGGAGACGCAGUGCGCGUACGAGCUCAUGGACCAGAUAAAGAUGGAGUCGGACCUGCGGCACGGCAAGCUCGCCACGACGCUCGAGAGCGCCAAGUCCGAGGUCAUCUUCCUCAAGGCGAGCCUGUUCGACAAGGACUCGGAGCUGAGGCGCACCCUGGACGCGAACAGGAAGCUACAAGCUGAGAUGAGAACGGGCAUCACGGCCGAGGAGCUGAAAGAGCAGCUGCAGAGCGCACUGCAGGAGAACAGGCAGCUGAAGCUCGAGCUGCAGCAGUACGAAUCCGAGAAGGGAUCCGCCAGGACGCCGGAGGCCGACGCCGCGGAGGCCGCGAAGAAGGGGGAGAUGGAGGCCGAGCUGAGGCGCCUGCGGGUGCAGGCCGAGCAGUGGCGGAAGGCCGCGGAGACCGCCAUGGCGCUGCUCACGGUGGGCAAGGGCGGGAACGGCAAGGUCAUGGAGCGGAGCGAGUCGUGGGAGGGCGGCAAGUACGCGGGCCUGUGCGAGGAGUUGGACGACGAUGCGGCGGCCAGGAAGAACGGCAACGUGCUCAGGAGGAUCAGCGGCAUGUGGAAGAAAUGAGGGCGCGAUCAGCUGAGCAGUUAGUGUGGUCUGUACUACCUUGUAGGGCGCCCUUGAUGUUUCAGGUGUAAUUGUUUUGCCGGUUGCCGUGGUAUAAAAAAACAUAGGAGUGUUGUACUUGUCAGUUAAAUGUGCUCAUAGCUGUAUUAUACUGGUAUACGGAGGAUCAAUUCAUCCGGGUGUGAAAGGCUGCGGUAGGCGUUUUAGCUUCAUUCAACAGUGUUCAACAACUAAGAA